GAGAGCGAGGAGGGGCAAAAUUAAGAUUAAUUUCUUUUUUCCCCUUCACAAGGGCCUUUUGUGCUCCUGGGAGCCUCCCUCCUUGGGACUGUUUUGGUCCAUUAGUGAGAGGAGAGGUGACUCUGCUAAGAGCCCUCCCCAAACAGCGCGCCUCCUGCAGCCCCAGAGCCCACCUGUGCCUCCUCUCACCAGGGGCCCUCUGCGCCCGCCCCUGGCCAGUGUCCCUCCCCCGAGGCGUGGCCCCCCGGCCCGAGAGGGGCUGGUAAGCCGGAGCCGGGGGCCAACCGGCUUCUUCCUUCGCUCCCGCCCCGGCUGCCGCCUGCCAGCUCGGGACCGCAGCCACGUCUGAAAGCGCCUCAUUGUGUGCGCUGCGCUCCGCUCGCUCCCCGCGGGCAGCGCCGGACGCGCACUGGGGAGCGCGGGGCCCGGGGCUGGGGCGGGCGGGGACCCCGAAUCUGGUCCUUGUGGCCCCAGGACUGCCGCCAGCCACCCCAGCAUCUUCUGACGCCUCUUUUUUUUACGGGAAAGCGUGCCCUGUUUACAGGUAUCUCCGCCUCGGGUCCCCAGGUGCCUCCAAUACCUUGGCAUCCGUAAAGCCCCAUCACCCGUCCCUGGCAUCACCGGCGCCCCUUAGUAACCUCGGGAUCUCCGCGGAACGGAUCAGCCUGGGAAGGGAGGGGCUCCCGGCGCAGGGACGGCAGGCUGCGGAGUGGAACUUGGAAGAGGCGACAAGGAGCCUUUUCGGAGCCUCGGAAGCAGCCGCGCCAGGACGUCAGCUAAUCCAGAUAGCUCUCCGACGGCAUUUUCCACGGAACUCCUGAGAAGCGGCAGCUUGGCCCCUCGCAGGCAGGCAGCAUGUGGCUGCCACGCAUCUCCAGCACCACGGUGACGGCGCUCCUGCUGGCGCAGACCUGCCUCCUGCUCUUCCUGGUCUCCCGGCCCAGGCCGACCUCCCCGGCGGCGGGCGGCGAGGGGGACCGCGUGCACGUGCUGGUGCUGUCCUCCUGGCGCUCCGGCUCGUCCUUCGUGGGCCAGCUCUUCAGCCAGCACCCCGACGUCUUCUACCUGAUGGAGCCCGCGUGGCACGUGUGGUCCACGCUGCCGCAGGGCAGCGCGCCGGCGCUGCACAUGGCCGUGCGGGACCUGGUGCGCUCCGUCUUCCUGUGCGACAUGGACGUGUUCGACGCCUACCUGCCGCUGCGCCGCAACCUGUCGGACCUGUUCCAGUGGGCGGUGAGCCGCGCGCUGUGCUCGCCGCCCGCCUGCAGCGCCUUCCCGCGCGGCGCCAUCAGCAGCGAGGCCGUGUGCAAGCCUCUGUGCGCGCGGAGGCCCUUCGGCCUGGCGCGCGAGGCCUGCCGCUCCUACAGCCACGUGGUGCUCAAGGAGGUGCGCUUCUUCAACCUGCAGGUGCUCUACCCGCUGCUCUCCGACCCGGCGCUCAACCUGCGCGUCGUGCACCUGGUGCGGGACCCGCGCGCCGUGCUGCGCUCGCGGGAGCGGACGGCCAAGGCGCUGGCGCGCGACAACGGCAUCGUGCUGGGCACCAACGGCACGUGGGUGCUGGCCGACCCGGGGCUGCGCGUGGUGCGCGAGGUGUGCCGCAGCCACGUGCGCAUCGCCGAGGCCGCCGCCCGCAAGCCGCCGCCCUUCCUGCGCGGCCGCUACCGCCUGGUGCGCUUCGAGGACCUGGUGCGCGCGCCGCUGCCCGAGAUCCGUGCGCUCUACGCCUUCGCCGGCCUGAGCCUCACGCCGCAGCUGGAGGCCUGGGUGCACAACAUCACGCACGGGCCCGGGCCCGGCGGGCGCCGCGAGGCCUUCCUGACCACGUCCCGGGACGCGCUCAACGUGUCCCAGGCCUGGCGCCACGCGCUGCCCUUCGCCAAGAUCCGCCGCGUGCAGGAGCUGUGCGCCGGCGCGCUGCAGCUGCUCGGCUACCGGCCCGUGUUCUCCGAGCAGGAGCAGCGCGACCUGGCCCUGGACCUCGUGCUGCCGCGCGGUGGCGCCAGCAGCAGCUUCAGCUGGGCAUCGUCCUCCGACGCGCACCCUGGGCCUUAGCGGAGGGAAGGCCCGGUGGUGGCGGGGUCGCCGGGGCCAGGCGGAGACUUUGGUGGAGAGCGGGUCGGGGUACACAGGGCACAGGCCGCUGCUGGCGGGGCCGGGAGUUUGGGAAUCCUCCUUUGUUUUAGGAAAGUACUGUCCGUCCCCCCCCACCCCCUCACUGUUUGUUGCCACUUUUUGAUUUUCCUUGGAAGUCCUUUGAUUGCAGCUGAGUUUCCCUCAGGCACAUUCUUCAUAGAAAGCAAAGCGCGUGCCCAGCCAGUGUGGCUCAGUGGAUUGAGUGUUGUCCCAUGCACCAGGAGGUCACAGUUGGAUUCAGGUCAGGGCACAUGCCC